CAGCAUGGCUACCCUAACAGGACAGAGAUGUCUUUUCAAGCGAAACUCUUUAAAGCGGAUGUCAACUACUUUAAAAAAAAUGCUGUACCAGUCCACGUCACAGAGGUCGUCAGAUUCUGACCCAACAUCACCUGAGGGUCCGGUCCAAAAAAAAGGUUUAAUUGAUCGUGUGCUGGAUUCCUGGGCGAUAAGCUAUAAAAACACAACUCCUGAAACCAAAUGGACAACUUAUCAAGAUUUAUCUUUAUCGAUGAUCACUGAAGAGUUAAAGAAGCAUGAAUGGAAUAGAAAAGUUAAAAGUCAAAGCUUCAACCUCAAGCGAUACCAGUCCAUGGGUCCCGAAAUGUCCGCAGCUCUAUUCGUUAUUAACAACGGAGGAAAGGUAAAAGUUGAUCAAUUUAAGGAGUGGAUUUCAUCUUCGAAGGAUGACCCCACAACAAUGAUUCUGCCAGAAACUCGACUGGACGACUUGAAAGUGGAAGGCUUAGACCUAUCAGGAGUAAAACUUGUUUUUGAAGCAUACAGAAAUUUUGUGGACCUACACCAUGUCCGAUACAUCUGUGUCCGGGAUAAUGAAUUCUUUGAUGACUUUACCUUGACACAACUCUGGGUUUUCCGAGACAGCCUGGAAUUCCUAGAUAUCAGCAACUGUCCGACAGUCACAGAGCGAGGGCUAGCAUGGCUUCAUCACCUUGAGAAUUUAAAAUGUUUAAGACUAGAUGACUUGAAAGGUGUUGAGGAUCCAGAAAUUGUGAUCGAGUUAGUACGUGAUAUGCUACCGAACUGCCAUGUCCAAGGGACUAUAGGAAUUUCUCCCAUCCAUGAAGAUACAGAACCGGACCCACUAAACCAGGACUCAUAGUCAUAGACAUUAACUUAUAUACUUUUUAUAAAUUGUUGUGUAUUGGAAAUGAAGUUAUUUAAUUCUAGAUUUUUGUCAACUAC